AUGGCGAAUAUCGCAGAUAUUGCAGAUAUACAGGUCGAUCCAGAUGUUAGCACUUCAUCCAGCGACUAUGAUAGUAUACGCAGUGACUUGACGUCUCUGACGGAGUCUGUUUAUUCCUACAUCUACGAGAAUGGGCGCACCUACCACGCUUACCGAUCCGGGUCUUAUUUCCUCCCCAAUGAUGAGCGGGAACAAGAUAGACUCGAUGUUUUGCAUCAUGUUUUCCGCCUUGUCCACGGUGGCGGCUUGUGUCAAACGGAACUCGAGCAUCCACAAAGAAUUCUUGACAUUGGCACAGGGACAGGCAUUUGGGCCAUUGAGGUUGGGGACCAAUUCCCAGGAGCAGAGGUUAUCGGUGUGGAUUUGUCACCGAUUCAACCCGGAUGGGUUCCGCCAAACGUUCGUUUCGUGAUCGAAGAUAUGAAUCAGUCGGACUGGAGCUUUGCUGAAGGCUCAUUUGAUUUGAUCCAUAUCCGAUGCCUCGCUGGUUGCCUUGAUGACUGGACUGCGUUCCUACGCCGGUGUUACGACCAUCUCAGACCCGGGGGCCGAAUUGAAGUGGCAGAUUGCUAUCCGCAUCUCGAAUGUGACGAUGACACAUGGUCAAAUGAUAGUUAUCUACGGACCUGGCAGACCGAGUACCACCGAAUAACCGGAGUCCAGGGUAGACUUUGGGAUUUGUCAACCUGCUUGAAAGAACUGGUCUCAGAAGCCGGAUUUGAGAAUGUCGAGUUGUCAGAAUUCCGAGUUCCGAUGGGGAGUUGGGCAAAGGAUCCAAAAUUGAAGGAGAUAGGGCGCUAUUUUCGGGCUCAGUUCAUCGAUGGUGCCGUGGAGAGCUAUUCGCUUGCUCUGUUCACACGGUUUGGGAAUUGGACAUCUGCCGAAGUGCAGGUCUUACUGGCUCGAGUGACCCUAACCGCAGGUGAUACUAUCACCUUCCGCAAUGACUGA